AUGAGUCACUCCGCUGUUCCGUCCGCCGUGGCCGACUCCGUGCUCCAAAGCUCACAACCAGUCCCAGAAGGAUCGCACGUUGUGAGCGGCGUGGAUUUUGAUAAGUUCCAGGGCCGGGAUAUCACAGUGGCCGAAAUGGUGGACAAUUUGGCUCACACUGGUUUUCAGGGCACUGCGGUCGCCGAGGCGGCCAGCAUUAUCAAUGAAAUGCGCGCGUUCCGUGAUCCGGAAACCGGAAAUAAAACGACCAUCUUCCUCGGCUUCACCUCGAAUCUCAUUUCCUCCGGCCUCCGGGACACCCUCCGCUACCUAGUCAAACACAACCAUGUCUCGGCCAUCGUAACUACUGCCGGUGGAGUGGAGGAAGAUUUAAUCAAGUGCUUAGCUCCCACAUACCUUGGCUCCUUCUCAACCCCGGGGGCAGGUCUCCGCAGCAAGGGUCUCAACCGCAUUGGUAACCUCAUCGUGCCCAACAACAAUUACUGCUCGUUUGAGGAUUGGGUCGUUCCCAUUUUGGACAAGAUGUUGGAGGAGCAAGAGGCGGCCAAACAAAAGGCCCGGGAGACCGGGGAUGAGGAGGAUGAGCUGCACUGGACACCCAGCCGCAUCACCGAGCGCCUGGGCCGUGAGAUCAACCACGAGGAUUCAGUCCUGUACUGGGCGGCCAAGAAUGGAAUCCCCGUAUUCUGUCCGGCCCUGACCGAUGGUUCCCUGGGUGACAUGCUCUACUUCCAUACUUUCAAGUCUUCCCCGCAGCGGCUUCGGGUCGAUAUCGUCGACGAUGUGCGACGUAUCAACACCAUGGCGGUGCGAGCUACCCGGGCGGGUAUGAUCAUCUUGGGCGGCGGCGUGGUCAAGCACCAUAUUGCGAACGCAUGUCUCAUGCGAAAUGGGGCCGAGCACGCCGUGUAUAUCAACACCGCGCAGGAAUUUGAUGGCAGCGAUGCCGGCGCUCGACCAGACGAAGCGGUGAGCUGGGGAAAAAUCAAGGCGGACGCCAAAUCAGUCAAAGUCUACGCAGAAGCCACCGCUGUAUUCCCAAUGAUCGUUGCAGCUUCGUUCGCUCGACAAUCGCAGAACUGA